AAAAAAUGCGUGUGCGCGCCCGUGACGUAUAUAUAAGGGGGUUAAACGACGUGCGCGCUACCUUCAAGCACCAUCGACAUGGCGCUCGCCGCCGGAUCCGUUACUGUUCCACGCAAUUUCCGGCUACUUGAAGAGCUCGAGGAAGGCUUGAAAGGUAUCGGAGAUGGAACCGUGAGCUGGGGUCUGGAAGAGGAAGAUGACGUGACCUUAACAAAGUGGCGAGGAGUCAUCCUCGGCCCUCCUCGAACAACCUACGAAAACAGGGUGUAUAAUCUGAAGAUUGAAUGUGGGCCAGAAUACCCAGAGAAACCGCCGUCUGUCAGAUUUGUGACCAAGAUCAACCUGAGCUGCGUGCACACCUCCAACGGCGUGGUUAACACGGGCGCGGUUGUUACAUUGGCCAAGUGGCAGUCCUUCUCCAGGAUCAAGACUGUGCUGAAUGAGCUGCGGCAUCUCAUGCUCUCCAAGGAGAACAUGAAGCUCCCUCAACCACCCGAGGGCCAGAUCUAUAGCAACUGAGCCCCCCUGCGCUUUGUUUGUCUCCAUCUUUUCCUCCUCCCGUCUGUCGCAUCCUCGUUUCUUGGCUAACUUCCCUACGUUCCAUCGGUUGCAAGAAUACAGGCGGAGCUGUAAACCAAUGCAGACACGCACUCAGCGUUAUCCACACACACGUCAUUCCAGGCCAUUUCCCUCUUCUCCCUAGGCCGGAUCUUUUAGUUGUGGUCAUUGGAAUGCUGUACAUCUUUUUUUAUGAUUUAUGGAAAAAGGCAGAUUGUACAGUAACAUAAAUGAUGUAAUCAAGCGUACCCCUUUGUGUUUUUUCUUUCUUGGAACGUAGAAAGGUGUAAUGUGUGCAUGCAGUAUACAUAGAAGCUGAUGAGUAGCUUUUUUUGCAGGCAAUAAGGCGUGUAUGUGACCUCUAUAUCUUGCGCGGGUAGUUGUCUGACUCGUUCGAAUCGUGCGCAUGGCGGCCCGCUAUAGCUAAUCACAUCUGCUGUCAAUGUGCCUAGAUUGUGCUUGAAAGUAGAAAUAUGACUCUGACCAUUUGUGCAAUUGUUUUUCACUUCUCUUUCAUUAAAUCACACUUUGUAGGCUUUGG